AUGGAUAAGACCACCGCCGGGUUCACGCUCCAAGCAGAACCGGGCACCGAUAUAUGGAAGAAGCCCCCGAGCACCAACAUUUGGAACGCACCCAUUAGCCGAACCUCCUCAGGCCUCCUGACAAAGUUCAAGUCCGCGCGCGUCACCUUCUGGGCCGACUGGACCGAGCGCUACGACCAAGCCGGCAUGCUCCUCGUGCCCAAGCGCGUCUCCUCCACCUCGUCCCCCACCCCGCCCGAGAAGUGGAUCAAGACCGGCAUCGAGUUCUACCAAGGCGCGCCACACCUCAGCACCGUGGCCUGCGACCGGUACGCGGACUGGAGCAUCAGCGCGCUGAGCCGGCCCGUCGACCCGGCGCGCGGCGUCACGCUCGAGGCCGUGCGCGAGAGCGACGAGAACGGGAGGAGCAUCUGGGUUUACCAGGUCGUGCUGGAUGAGAAGGGCGAGAGGGAGGUGGAGCGCAUCCCGCUGCGGGAGAUCUGCUGGGUACUUGCGGACGAGGAUGAGGACGCGGGUGAGGGCUGGGUGCUGGAUGUUAGUCCGCUGGUGGCGCGGCCGGCGAAGGGCGCGAGGGAGCCGUUGAGUGUGAGUUUUAAGGAGUUCGGGGUUGAGUGGUUGGCUUGA